AUGCCGGACCAAAUAUCGGUGUCGGAGUUUCUCUCGGAGACAACAGAGGAUUACAAUUCCCCGACCACAUCCAGCUUCACCACCCGCAUGCAGAGCUGCAGGAACAGCGUGAAUGUGCUGGAAGAGGCUUUGGACCAGGACAGAACCUCCCUCCAGAAGGUGAAGAAGUCCGUCAAGGCCAUCUACAAUUCAGGACAAGAUCACGUCCAAAAUGAGGAAAAUUAUGCUCAAGCGUUGGACAAAUUUGGCAGCAACUUUAUCAGCCGCGACAACUCGGAUCUGGGCACCGCCUUUGUGAAGUUCUCCUCUCUCACCAAGGAACUGUCCGCCCUCCUGAAGAAUCUGCUCCAGAGCCUGAGCCACAAUGUAAUCUUCACCUUGGACUCGCUGCUGAAGGGCGACUUGAAAGGCGUGAAAGGGGACAUAAAGAAGCCCUUUGACAAAGCGUGGAAGGACUACGAAGCCAAGUUUACAAAGAUCGAGAAGGAGAAGCGGGAGCACGCCAAACAGCACGGCAUGAUCCGCACGGAGAUCACCGGAGCCGAGAUCGCAGAGGAGAUGGAGAAGGAGCGCCGCCUCUUCCAGCUCCAAAUGUGUGAGUACCUGAUCAAAGUGAACGAGAUCAAGACAAAGAAAGGAGUGGACCUCCUUCAGAACCUCAUCAAGUAUUACCACGCACAGUGCAAUUUCUUCCAAGAUGGCUUGAAGACGGCAGAUAAGCUGAAGCAGUACAUAGAGAAACUGGCAGCUGAUCUCUAUAAUAUCAAACAAACUCAGGAUGAGGAGAAGAAGCAGCUGACAGCGUUGAGAGAUCUGAUCAAGUCCUCUCUCCAGCUGGACCAGAAGGAGGACUCUCAAAGUAAGCAAGGCGGCUACAGUAUGCACCAGCUGCAGGGCAACAAGGAGUUUGGAUGUGAGAAGAAAGGCUACUUGCUGAAGAAGAGCGAUGGACUGAGGAAGGUGUGGCAGCGGCGGCAGUGCUCCGUGAAGGGGGGCAUCCUCACCAUCGCUCAUGCCACGUCCAACCGACAGCCGGUCAAACUCAACCUGUUGACCUGUCAGGUGAAGCCCAGUUCCGAGGAUAGGAAGUGCUUUGACCUGAUUUCUCAUAACCGGACAUAUCAUUUCCAAGCAGAAGAUGAACAGGAGUUUGUUAUCUGGAUCUCCGUGCUGACCAACAGUAAGGAAGAAGCCCUCAACAUGGCGUUCCGCGGGGAGCAGAGCAGCGCGGGGGAGGACGGCCUGGAGGACCUCACUAAGGCCAUCAUCGAGGACGUCCUCCGGAUGCCGGGCAACGAAAUCUGCUGCGACUGCGGAGCUGCUGAUCCAAAGUGGCUGUCUACUAACCUGGGUAUUCUGACGUGCAUCGAAUGCUCUGGGAUCCACCGUGAGAUGGGUGUCCACAUCUCCCGCAUUCAAUCCAUGGAACUAGACAAGUUAGGGACCUCAGAACUCUUGCUGGCCAAGAAUGUAGGGAAUAGUAGUUUCAAUGAGAUCAUGGAGGGAAACCUCCCUUCUCCUUCACCAAAGCCCAACCCCUCAAGCGACAUGACAGUGAGGAAAGAGUUUAUCAACGCUAAGUAUGUGGACCACAAGUAUGCAAGGAAAACAUGCACAUCUGCGGCAGCUAAAAUGAUCGAGUUAUUUGAGGCAGUCCAGUCCAGGGACCUGCUGGCUCUGAUCCAGGUCUAUGCGGAGGGGGUGGAGCUGAUGGAGCCCCUCCCAGAGGCCGGACAGGAGACUGGGGAGACAGCACUGCACUACUCUGUAAGGACUGCUGACCAGACCUCACUGCACCUGGUGGACUUCCUUGUGCAAAACAGUGGUAACGUAGACAAGCAGACGGAGUGGGGGAACACCGCCCUCCAUUACUGCUGCAUGUAUGAGAAGCCUGAAUGCCUGAAGUUACUCCUGCGGGGCAAGCCAGCCACCGACAUCACCAAUCAGAACGGAGAGACUGCACUGGAUGUUGCCAGGCGACUGAGGAACACUCCGUGUGAGGAGGCACUUGUGCAGGCUGCAGAGGGCAAGUUCAACCCCCACAUCCAUGUGGAGUACGAGUGGAGCCUGCGACUGGAGGAGAUGGACGAGAGUGAUGACGACCUGGAUGACAAGCCCAGUCCCAUUAAAAAGGACCGGUCCCCCAGGCCUCAGAGCUUCUGCCACUCCUCCAGCCUGUCCCCCCACGACAAGCUCUCUCUGCCGGGCUUCAUCAGCCAAAGGGACAAGCAGCAGCGUCUGUCCUACAGCGCCUUCACCAACCAGAUGUACAGCGCCUCCACCGACCUCAGCUCCUCUCCUGUGGCAGACGGACCCCCACUGCCCCCCAGGAACCAAGGCAAAGCUCCACACUUGGCAUUCCUUGGCUCUCAUUCGCACUACGCCACACUGGCUGGCACUCGACCAUACAUCACUCCACCCAUAUCCGGCCCUCCCUCUGCACUCACCCCAGGAGGCAGCUCUACUCUGUCCAAGAAGAGGCCACCGCCCCCCCCUCCUGGACACAAACGCACUCUGUCUGACCCACCCAGCCCGCUCUCCCACAGUCCACACAGUAAAGGGGGCAUAACUGGGGGAAGUGACUCUACUCCUCCGCCAGUCACCAAGAUGUCUCCUGUGUCUAAUAAGUUUGAAGGCAUUCCUCAGCAGCAAAGCUCCACUUCAAGUAACACCAAAUCUACACUUGGUCCAAGGGUGUUGCCAAAACUACCUCAAAAAGUGGCACUGCGGAAGAUCGACACUAUACACCACCCGUCAAUGGAUAAGCCGAGCCUUCCCCCAGAGGUCUUCCAGAAGUCCCCACCAGGAAACGACACUCCCCAGAAGGCCCCCCCUCCAGAGAGGCCCCAGCCCGGAGACCUGCCCCCCAAACCCCAGCCCUCAGAGCUCCCUCCCAAACCCGGAGAGCUGCCCCCCAAACCCCACCUGUCUGACCUGCCGCCGAAGCCCCAGCUGAAGGACCUGCCCCCAAAGCCUCAGCUGUCCGACCUGCCUCACCACAAGCCCGACCACAAGCCCGACCACAAGCCUGAGUCCGCGCCCAGGCCGGACCCUGUGCAGAGGCCCCAGACCCAGCCUCCGCCCCCGCCUCAGUCCCAUCAAGCUCAGCCACAGGCUACUUCACCAGCACCGCUGCAGACCACGCCCCAGGUCACCCCGCAGGUCACCCCCCAGGUCACCCCCCAGGAUUCACCUUCACCCAAUCAGCAGGCGAUGACGGUGCCCUCCUCCCCACAGUCUGCGGAGGACACUAACGGGACCCCGGCUGGGAUGGCUGAGACUCCGGUGCCUCUGCCGCGGAAGAUCAACACACCGGGAAAGAGCAAAACACGCCGAGUCAAGACCAUCUACGACUGUCAGGCCGACAACGACGACGAGCUCACGUUUGCCGAAGGGGAAGUGAUCAUAGUGACCGGUGAAGAGGACCAGGAGUGGUGGAUCGGUCACAUCGAAGGAGAACCGGACAGAAAGGGGGUGUUUCCUAUGUCUUUUGUGCACAUCUUGAGUGAUUGA